GGCCGGCACAGCGCCCAGUGAAAGUGAUAUCGCCCUGGGGCCAUGAGCUGAGGCGACCUCGGCGACUGAGGAAACAUGGCUGAGUUUACGCGGCUGCAGAACUGCCUGGCGCUGAUCCGCCUACGAAACCCGCCUGUCAACGCGCUCAGUGAGACUGUUCUCCGUGGAAUAAAAGAGGGUCUGCAGAAAGCUCUAACAGACCAUACAGUAAAAGCCAUUGUGAUUUGUGGAGCAGAUGGCAUCUUCUCUGCAGGUGCUGAUAUCCGUGGCUUCAGUGCUGAUGUGACCUUUGACUUGACAUUGGGAAGUGUAGUAGAUGAAGUACAGAGAAACAAGAAGCCUGUGGUGGCAGCUAUCCAAAGGGUGGCUUUAGGAGGGGGACUGGAGCUGGCCCUGGGCUGUCACUAUAGGAUUGCCCAUGCAGAGGCUCAAGUUGGCUUCCCAGAGGUCACACUAGGAAUCCUUCCUGGUGCAAGAGGAACCCAGCUUCUCCCCAGACUUAUUGGAGUUCCUGCUGCACUUGACUUAAUUACCUCAGGAAGACAUAUUUCGGCAAAUGAAGCUCUUAAGCUGGGUAUUCUAGAUAAAAUUGUGAACUCAGAUCUGGUUGAAGAAGCAAUCAAAUUUGCCCAGAGAGUUUCAGAUCAAUCUCUGGAAUCCCGUAGAAUCUACAACAAGCCGAUCCAGAGCUUGUCCAACAUGGACACCAUUUUCAAUGAAGCCCUUCUGAAGAUGCGGAAGCAGCACCCUGGGUGCCUUUCUCAGGAGACUUCCAUCCGUGCAGUCCAGGCCGCUGUCCAGUAUCCCUAUGAGGUGGGCAUCAAGAAGGAAGAGGAGCUGUAUGUGUACCUUCAGAGAUCAGGGCAGGCUAGAGCCCUGCAGUAUUCUUUCUUGGCAGAGAGGACCACAAAUAAGUGGUCCACUCCCUCUGGAGCAUCCUGGAAAACAGCAUUGGCACGGCCCAUCUCUUCUGUUGGCAUUCUUGGCUUGGGAACAAUGGGCCGAGGCAUUGCCAUAUCUUUUGCAAUGGCCAAAAUCCCUGUGAUUGCUGUAGAAUCAGACAAGAAGCAGCUAGAGACUGCAAACAAGAUAAUAACUUCCAUCUUAGAAAAGGAAGUGUCCAAAAUGCAGCAGAGUGGCCACCCUUGGUCAGGACCAAAACCCAGGUUAACUACAUCUAUAAAAGAGCUUAGUGGUGUAGAUUUAGUCAUUGAAGCAGUAUUUGAGGAAAGGAACCUGAAGAAACAGGUCUUUGCUGAACUGUCAGCUGUGUGCAAGCCAGAAGCAUUUCUGUGCACCAAUACUUCAGCCCUGGACGUUGAUGAGAUUGCUUCUUCCAGUGAUCGUCCUCACUUGGUCAUUGGCACCCACUUCUUCUCACCAGCUCACGUCAUGAAGUUGUUAGAGGUUAUUCCCAGCCGAUACUCUUCCCCCACUACCAUUGCCACUAUUAUGAAUUUAUCAAAAAAGAUUAAAAAAAUUGGAGUAGUUGUAGGCAAUUGUUUUGGAUUUGUUGGGAAUCGAAUGUUGAAGCCUUAUUAUAAUCAGACAUAUUUCUUAUUAGAAGAAGGCAGUAAACCAGAGGAGAUAGAUCAGGUGCUGGAAGAGUUUGGUUUCAAAAUGGGACCUUUUAGAGUGUCUGAUCUUGCUGGGUUGGAUGUAGGUUGGAAAUCCCGAAAAGGGCAAGGUCUUACUGGACCUACAUUGCCUCCAGGAACUCCUUCCCGAAAGAGAGGCAGCUGGAGAUAUUGCCCAAUUCCUGAUAUGCUCUGUGAAUCAGGACGAUUUGGCCAGAAGACAGGUGAGGGUUGGUACCUUUAUGAUAAGCCGUUGGGUAGGAUUCACAAACCUAAUCCCUGGCUUUCCAAAUUUCUGACACAGUACAGAGAAACCUAUCACAUUGAACCACGUAUCAUUAGCCGGGAUGAGAUCCUCGAGCGCUGCUUAUAUUCACUCAUCAAUGAAGCAUUCCGCAUCUUGGGAGAAGGGAUGGCAGCUACCCCAGAGCACAUUGAUGUGGUCUAUUUACACGGGUAUGGAUGGCCAAGGCACAGGGGUGGGCCCAUGUUCUAUGCUUCCACAGUUGGGUUGCCCACAGUGGUAGAGAAGUUGCAGAAAUAUCACAGGCAGAAUCCUGAUAUUCCCCAACUGGAGCCUUGUGACUAUCUGAAAAAACUGGCUUCCCAGGGAAACCCUCCUCUGAAAGAGUGGCAAAGCUUGGCAGGAGCCCCCAGCAGUAAAUUGUGAUUCAGCCUUUCAGGUUUUGCCUCACAUGCUGGCAUCGGGUAAUGCUCACUGAAUUUCAGUGAAACUAAAUCCAAAGAUCCAAAGUAAGAUUGCUCUGAAAUGCAAAGCAAAAGAAGUAAUUGGCCAGCUAAAACUCUUCUUUGGGUGUUCUGUCUGAUGAAGAUUCUAAUGGGUCAGAUCUUUAGGAAUGUGCUUCCUAUGCCUGGGAAUCUGUCCCUAUCAGAUAAAUUAUUUCAAUCUCAGUGAAUAAACUUAUGUCAACACCAUAAUCACUAAGGAAAGAGCCUCAGGAAUAAGUUGAGGUUCCCAAGUUCUUUGAUCAUUGGAGAAAUAUGUCAUUAAUUAUUCACUGAUAAAUGUAUAAAUUCAUUUUGAGCCCUUUCAACCUCACACACGUAGCACUGAUAGGAAAUCUUAUGGACCCUUCAUUCAACAGACACUCAUCAUGUACCCCUGAGCAUCUUGCACAGCACUUGACAGACCUAGUCCAGAGGGGCAUUAAUCCAGCAAGGAAGCCUAUGAUACAUUUCACUUCAGUCUCAGAG